GGAGCUCCCGCACGCGCGCCCGUUGCGUUGCUUCUCUCCGUCUUCCCGAUUCCCUCCCCAGUCUCGGCUGUGGACUCUCCUCGACUCUCCACACACACCACGCCGUGCGCGCGCGGCGCGGCGGUAUGGCUUGCGCGGCCGCUCCCAGCCCCCUCCCCGCUCGCCGCAGCGGCACGGCGGCCCGCGUGGUCUUCGCCGUGGGGCCCCACCCGCCGCGAUUCUACGGGCGUUUUAAACCCUCCACGGCCACGGGAGGCGCGCCACGCUCCAGCCUGCGCGUCGUGGCCUCGAGCUCCAAGGCGGACCCAGUAGAGGAGAGACCCGCAGUCGCGCCGCUCCCGGACGUAGCAGUCUCGGCCGACGCGUCCUCGCCGGUGGUGCCUCAGCCCCAAGUAAGCACCGGCACAUGGAAAUGGAAGGGCUACAACAUUCGCUACCAGUACGCUGGAACAUCAGGCCCUGCAUUGGUUCUGAUUCAUGGGUUUGGGGCAAACAGUGACCAUUGGCGGAAAAAUAUUCCUGUUCUAGCCGUCGCACACAGGGUAUAUGCGAUAGAUCUAAUUGGUUAUGGCUACUCCGAUAAGCCUAAUCCGCGUGAGGUAGGGGAGAACUUUUAUACUUUUGAGACAUGGGGAGAACAGCUGAAUACAUUUUGUGCGGAAGUGGUUCAGAGUGAAGCUUUCUUCAUAUGCAAUUCAAUUGGAGGGGUUGUUGGUCUGCAGGCAGCCGUUAUGGAACCUAAAAAAUGUAAGGGAAUUGUUUUAUUGGAUAUUUCACUAAGGAUGCUUCACAUCACAAAGCAGCCAUGGUUUGGAAAGCCUUUCAUCAAAUCUUUUCAAAGUCUCCUAAGGAACACUAUUGUUGGGAAGCUAUUUUUUAAUGCUGUUGCUACACCAGAAUCUGUGAAAAAUAUUCUUUGCCAGUGUUAUCAUGACACAUCUGCAGUGACAGAUGAGCUAGUUCAGAUUAUUCUACAGCCUGGUCUUGAUCCUGGAGCAGUGGAUGUAUUCCUUGAGUUCAUCUGCUACUCUGGAGGACCUCUACCUGAAGAGUUGCUUCCAUUGGUUAAGUGUCCAGUUUUGGUAGCAUGGGGGGAGAAGGACCCAUGGGAGCCUGUUGAGCUUGGAAGAGCUUAUGCAUCUUUUGAUACAGUUGAAGAUUUUGUUGUUUUGCCAGAUGUUGGACACUGCCCUCAGGAUGAAGCACCUGACCUUGUAAAUCCGCUUGUCGAAUCAUUUGUCCAGCGCCAUACUUAGCACAUGGGUGAGCAUCUUUCUAUGUUUAUUAAUGCCCUUUCCCAGUAGGGCCUCAAUUUGCUGGAACAUGGGAAUGCACGGCUAUGUUAUUAACAAAUGAGUCCUGUUAUAGGCUAUGGACUAAGUUUUGCCCUCCUGAUCUGCAGUACUUUCAUCUGAGAGCCAAGGGCAAACAUCAUUUGAUUGGAUUAUAAUUCAAAUAUAAGAAAUCAUGAAGAAAUAUCUGAUUUUAUUACAGAAGAACCUGUCUUCUCAGAGCAGAGAGGUUAGUACCAGGAGCAUAGUGGUUCUUUCUAGUUGAAGUUCCUACAUGUAUAUUUGUCCUUUGUUUCCUUAUAGAAUUCUUAUACAGAGAUAACAUUUAAUUUGGACACUUGACACUGGAAGCAUCUAUUUCAGUUAUACAUCACGAAAGAGUAAAGAGAAACAAAAAUCGAAUACAGUUGUUCCUAUUUUUUUGGUAACAUAAAAGCUCCCCCAUGUAUUCUUGGUUUUGAUAUUGACAAUAUAAACGCAUUGUCAUGAAUUUUCCUUU